AUGGCGACCUGGAGCUGGGCCUCUGCCGCGGUCGGCGCGGCGGCGGCGACCGCCAUCGCCGCCGUGAUCCACGGCAGACCCAGAGACCCCACCUUUCACCUGAUCUCCAUCGAGCUCUCCUCCUUCAAGCUCAAUCUCCCUCUGCUGGACGUGGAGCUCGUCCUCACCGUCCAUGUCACCAACCCCAACGCCGCCCCCAUCCGCCACUCCGCGGCGACCCUCUCCAUCUUCUACGACGGCGCCCUCCUCGGCACCGCCGAGGUCCUGCCCGGCGCGCUGGACCCCUCCUCGUGCCGCGUCCUCCGCCUCCCCGCGCGCCUCCCCGGCCUCGAGCUCGCCCACCACGCCAAGGCGCUGCUCGCCGCCGCCGUCCGCCGGGAGAUGACGCUCCGCGCCACCGUCGACAUCGUCGGCACGGCGAGGGUCCUCUUCUGGGUUCACCCCUUCAGCGUCCACGUCGAGAGCCAUGUCGUCGUUGACCCCAUCCACCUCGACGUCAUCGAGGAGGAGAGCCGCUCGGAGACUCAGCUCCUGCUCACCUGA